AUGGUGCCACUUUUGGAUCCCCUCACACAGUGCAUGAUGGAGCAAGAGUACGCCAGAGUGAUUGCUGAGGAUGCCCAAACAAAAAUCCUCAAUUUACGUCGACAGCGCCCCAAGAAAUUUAAAUGUCCCCACUGCGAUGUAGCAUUUUCCAACAAUGGUCAACUCAAGGGACACAUUCGAAUUCACACAGGUGAGAGACCAUUCAAAUGUGAUGACUCUAAUUGUGGCAAAACGUUUACCCGGAACGAAGAAUUGACGAGACACAAAAGGAUUCACACAGGACUCCGUCCCUUUGCCUGCACUGUGUGUGGGAAAAAAUUUGGAAGACGAGACCAUCUGAAGAAGCACACAAAGAUACAUUUUGCACCUGAGAGACUUUUCCCAUCCACCGUCUUCCUGCCUUAUACUUUUCUGCCAACGUACUGA